AUGUGUGCCACUAGGAUAAAUCCCAAUACCAUCACCCUCAACGCGGGAAUCAGUGCGUGCGAGAAAGGCGGGCAGUGGCUCCGGGCCUUGUCGCUAUUGCGUGACAUGGGGACAGCGGGUUUAGAGUGUACAGUCAUUGGUUACGCUGCAGGAGUCAGUGCAUGCGAAAAGUGUGGCAAAUGGGAGCAAGCACUAUCGCUGCUGAGCGAUCUUUGGGAGGCUGAUUUGGUGCCCGACGUGGUCUGCUAUGGCGCUGCGAUCAGUGCGUGCGGGAAGGGGAGGCGGUGGCAGCAUGCAUGUUUGUUGCACAGUGAAUUGCGGGAGGCGAAAUUGGAUCCUGACGUGAUCAUCUACAACGCUUUGAUCAGCGCGUGCGAGAAGGGUGGCCAGUGGCAGAUAGCGGUGUCGUUGCUCCGAGAGGCAGCGGACUCGGCGAAGCUGCAGGUGGACGCGAUCAGCUACAACGCUGCCAUCAGCGCGUGCGAGAAAGGCGGACAGUGGCAACAUGCGUUGACGCUGCUGAGGGAGUCGGAGGAGGCGGCGCUGCCUGAUAUUGCUUCUCCCGUCAUCGGUUACAACGCGGCGGUGAGUGCGUGCGACAGCGGGGGGCAGUCCGAGCAGGCCCUGUUGCUCCUCGGCGAGAUGCGGGAGCGGAUGCUGGAGCUGGACCUGUACAGCUACGGCUCUGGACUCAGCGCGUGCGAUAACGGCCCAGAAGGGCAACGCCAGGCUCCUACUCCACACGUGCGGAUGUCCAAAGUCGAGCCCGACCUUGUCGUCUAUGGCGCGGCAAUCAACGCCUGCAAGACGGGCGGACAGUGGCAGUGGGCCCUGUCGUCGGUAGGCGAGCUGAGGGAGAGGGCGCUGCAGCUCGAUACCUCCGUCUUCAACGCGGCGGCCGGCGCGUGCGAGAAGUCCGGACGGUGGCAGCGGGCGCUGUCGCUUCUCGGGGAGCUGUGCGCUGCGAGGCUGAAGCGCGACGCUUCCAGCUUCCUCGUCGGGGUCAGCGCGUGCGACAAGGACGGGGAGUCGCUGCAGGCGCUGCAGCUGCUCGCUGGCAUCGUCAAGGGUGCGAUGGAGCCCGACCAUGUGCUCCCGUUCUUCUGCUGCGCUGCUGGAGUCGAUGCAUACGCCAGCGUAGGCUCGUGGCAGCGGGCGCUGUCCUUGCUCGGCGAGCUCUGGGAGUCGAGCCUUGAAGCGGACUCUUCCUGCGUCUUCAGUUCCGUCAUCAGCGCGUGCGAGAAAGGCGGGCAAUGGAAGUGGGCCCUGUGGUUGCUGGACAAUCUGUGCCUUGCGCUUGGAGCUGGGGCGCGUCAGAUAAACCAGCUUGCGCGAGAAGGUUAG